UUAGCCCCCUGGAACAAGUCAGCCUGGGAGCUGAGGCCCAGGCUUUCUGCUGUGUUGUUAACAGUGGAAAAGCAGGGCCCCACCUGCUCUAGACUGAAGCAGGAGGGGCUCUCUGGAGAGGGGCCACCUGCAGAAGGGCCACCAGGCCCUAAAUACUUCACAGAGGAGCAGUGGCAGUGACCCCAGCUCAGAGCAGCUUCAGCCUGAAGUCCGAGGAUGGAUGUUUCCAGAAAGUAAAAUCCACAAGAAUUAAUGAGUAAGACAAGAGAACUGGCAUAUGCUCCUCCCCAUAAUGAAAAUAGUCCUAUUGCAGUCAACCAAGAUGAAUCUCAUGGAUAUCACCAAGAUCCUCUCCCUCUUGCAGCCUGAAGAGGAGGACACUGAUACAGGGGAGAAGCAGGCUCUCAAUCAAGCAGUAUAUGACAAUGACUCCUAUACCUUGGAUCAGCUUCUAUGCCAGGAGCGUUACAAACGUUUCAUUAAUAGCAGGAGUGGUUGGGGAGUUCCUGGGACACCCUUGCGCUUGGCUGCUUCUUAUGGCCAUUUGAGCUGUUUGCAGGUCCUGCUGGCACAUGGUGCUGAAGUUGAUAGCUUGGAUGUGAAAGCACAGACACCGCUUUUCACUGCUGUCAGCCAUGGCCAUCUGGACUGUGUACGUGUGCUUUUGGAAGCUGGUGCUUCUCCUGGUGGCAGCAUCUACAACAACUGUUCUCCUGUGCUUACAGCUGCCCGUGACGGUUCUGUUGCCAUCUUACAGGAGCUCCUAGGUCAUGGCGCAGAGGCCAAUGUCAAGGCUAAGUUGCCAGUGUGGGCAUCGAACAUAGCUUUAUGUUCUGGUCCCCUCUAUUUGGCUGCAGUCUAUGGGCAUCUCGACUGUUUUCGCCUGCUUUUGCUACAUGGGGCAGAUCCUGAUUACAACUGUACUGAUAAGGGCCUACUGGCUCAUGUUCCCCAUCCCCGCACUCUCCUUGAAAUCUGCCUCCACCAUAAUUGUGAGCCAGAGUAUAUCCAGUUGUUAAUUGAUUUUGGUGCUAACAUCUACCUUCCAUCUCUCUCUCUGGACAUGACUUCAAAAGAUGAUAAGGGUGUUGCACUGCUGCUACAGGCCAGAGCCACUCCACAGUCGCUCCUAUCCCAGGCCCGUUUAGUUAUCCGCAGAGCCUUGCGCCAGGCCAGCCAACCACAAGCCAUCGAUCAGCUGGAUAUUCCUUCCACAUUGAUUAGCUAUCUCAAAUAUCAACUAUAAUCUUGUAGUAUUCCUUGGACCCGAAGAUGCCUUUAAGAACCACUGAAGACCUGAGUAGCUGGAGAACAUUACAGCUCUACCUACUCUGGAGCUGCUCUCCCAUAAUAAAAUCCUUCGAAAAUAA